AUAAAUGUUUUUUAAUGAUGUAAUAUUUUCCCCUUUCUAUUCAAUUAUUAUUCUUGAAAUUAAAAUAAAAUGUGGAGAAAGAAAACAACGAAAUCAUGACUAGCAAAAAAGAAAGGAAAAGAGGGUGAGAAAGAGAAAUAAAAUAAAAUAUAGCUCCUUUUCUCUUCGUAUACAUGUAUAUAAGAAGUACAAGAACAUUAAGAGAAGUUCUAUACCUCAUAACCCUCUUUCUCUCUCUCUGUGUGUGUCAGAUCAUAGUUGAUCACAAGUAAAUCUGAUCUCUCUUAACCUAAAAUGGAACCUUCAUCAACGCCCAUGAACUAUACUACUAGCAAAGAUGAUGAUGAUGAUGGUGAUCAUGAUGAAUGUGACUCAUGCACUACUCUCUCUCAUCGUCCUUUGAAAUAUCCAUCUUAUUAUUAUAGUAAUAAUUCUUCUUCUCGCCGAACUCCAUCUUUCUCAUCAAAUUCUUCCUCCUCUCUUGGCUCAUCUUCUUCAUUCUACAAUUAUGACUCUCCUCUGAGUCCAGCCACGCCGCUUCGCAUUUCCCGUGGAGUCCCAUUUUCUUGGGAGCAUUUUCCAGGAAUCCCCAAAAAACAACAUUCCAAGAAAAUCAAGCCUUCUUCUUCUACACACCAAGAAGAUGAUCAUCACUCUUCUCUUCUUCUUCUUCCUCUGCCCCCUACGACCACUACCAGUACCACCACCACCAAGAAAGUGUUCAAGAAGAGUACUACUACUACUACUAUUAGUGUUAAUAAUAACAAGCAGCCCUUGAAAUGGGAUCCCUUCAUUGCUGCUCUAGUUGAAUGUUCCAAGGAUGAAAAUGAUGAUCACCAUGACAACCACGGCCAUGAUCAUCAACCCAAGUUUUGGAAUAUUGCUACAGCAAAGGUAUCGAAAAGCCUAAGUGACAGGUUCGGUUUAAUUAAUAUUUACAAUAAUUCAUCUUGUAAGUCUACUUGUGCUGUGGCUGAAUCCAUCAGACAUCUUCCAAGGUCCACCAGAGGCAGUUCGUACGGUCAUCAUCUAAUUAACAGUCGUCCCCGUAACUAACUAAUUAAAUAAAAUCUAUUUAUACCUGCGAUUUCAACAGCCUUCAUCUUAAUUAUAGGGUAUGGUUUAUGUACUAAUUAAAUUGUUCAUUGUAAAAGGUUCAUUUUAUAUAUAUUACGUCUUUUUUUCUUC